AUGAAAUUAUUUGAAUAUGAUGUUGGGGGUUGUAAACAAGAGGCAUUGAAGUCCAACAACGUUUACAUUUAUGUCAGCGGUGGAGUGAUUAAGUGGAGAAUGGGAAAAUGUGGAAAUGCUCAAGAAAAAUCAUUCGAAUCAGAUGAAAAACAGCUGUUUGCUUUUGGAAUUAAAAAGUUUUUGCUCCUUGUGGCUUUUAAAGAUUCGAAUUUGUGA